AUGACCAACUCUCAUUCGGUAUAUGCGUAUGCCGCCGAUCGAACAAUAGACUACGAGGAAUGGAUCAACCCGACCCUCAUCGAAAAGCGUUUUUCCGCCGCGGCCAUACAGUAUUCGAGAGGGUUUGAGGUAAUUAAAAAGCCAGAAGAAAAGCGGGAGGAUGUUUCAGAGGAGGCCUUACCGCUAGUGGCAACCAUCUACACGUUCAUCUCCGGCUAUCCAGGCCUUGCCGACACAAUCUUUUACAAAAACUUAAUCAUAUCCAUCGAGAAUUUUGUGAAAAAAGUAAAAGGCCAUAUCAUCAAACUACGGAGACAAUUGUUUCCCCCGCACUCGCCUCAAGUGGAUAUUGUCUAUAUCUACAGCGCCACAGGUAACCUGAAUCACCAACCGCUUAUCGAGUCCGUCCACCACCAACCGAAGUUCGGAAGAGUUGUGAAGGCCUGGUUUAGAGGCGCAAUGAACCACAGGAAGGUAUACUUGGGGCGAAAAAAGGAACAAAUGGAGAGAAUGGCAGUCUCGGCUGUUACAAUCGGCGAUAGGUUCAUAAGGCGGUUUAUCAACGUUAACUGA